AUGGCUAAUCCCAAAAACGUUAGCGCCCUCUCUAAGAAGCGGGGCCGUAACACUGCUACUGUCUCCCCGACCAGCUAUGAUUUAACGCAAGAUGAGAGCAAAAGACGGAAGAAACACAAGCUCAGCAGCAUCGGGGUUCCCGUUGAUAGUACAAUUUUGAGUGCCCCCGAUCUAUACAAGAAGUCGCGGCGAAAUGCCGUCGGUGAUACCCGAGACGACUCAUCCAUUGAGAAAGUUCUCGUCUCCGAGGAUGGCAUAGAAACGAAAUCGUCCGGCCCAUUGUCCGGUUUUGAUGGUCUUUCAAUCGAGACUAGAACCCGCCGAGGAGAGAAUCAGGAACAGGCCGCCUUACGCCUAGAAAAGAUGCAAGGUGCUGUGCGAACUUUGUUAGAGUGCAUCGGCGAGGAUCCAAGUCGUAGUGGCCUGCUGGAUACGCCUUCACGUUAUGCCAAGGCGUUGCUGUUCCUGACCCAGGGCUACCAUGUCAAUGUGGAAGAGAUUGUGAAUAACGCGCUAUUCCAGGAGGGCCAUAACGAGAUGGUCAUUGUCAAAGAUAUUGACAUAUUCAGCCUUUGCGAGCACCACCUUAUGCACAUUGGUUAUAUCCCCUCCAAUACCGUUAUCGGCCUCUCGAAGCUUCCUCGAAUUGCCGAGGUAUUCGCUCAUCGCUUACAGAUCCAGGAGCGCCUUACCAAGCAGGUUGCUCGUGCCAUUAUGAAGAUUUUGAAACCUCAAGGUGUUGCCGUCAUUAUGGAGUCUAGCCACCUGUGCAUGGUAAUGCGUGGCGUGGAGAAAACUAAUACGACAACCCUGACAAGCUGCAUGUUGGGUUGUUUCGAGCGCAAGAGUAAGACGCGAAACGAGUUCAUGCAUUUCGUUGGAGUAAGCCGGUAG